AUGGGAAAAGCUACAAGGUGGCUGAGGGGUCUGCUUGGACUCAAGAAAGAUAAAGAAAAUGUGGAUAAAAACUCGACCUUUACUGAAAAGAAGUCGAAGAAAAAGGUGGGCCAUGCAAAUUCCGGCAAGGAAUCUCUGCCGUUGAGUCAGAUUCCGGCCAAGGACUCCGAUUGGCUGAGAUCUCUGAUUGCUGAUUCAAAGGAGGAGCACAGCAAGCACGCCAUUGCGGUUGCUGCAGCCACCGCCGCCGCCGCGGACGCUGCCGUCGCCGCCGCUCAGGCGGCGGUUGCGGUUGUCCGGCUGACCAGUCAGGGCAGAGGUGGGUUUUCCGCCGGCGGCAGGGAGAGAUUGGCCGCCGUGAGGAUUCAAACUGUGUUCAGAGGCUAUUUGGCCCGAAAAGCACUACGGGCCCUUAAAGGGCUGGUGAAAUUGCAGGCCCAUGUUCGAGGCUACCUCGUAAGAAAACGAGCCGCAGCAACUCUUCACAGCAUGCAAGCCCUUUUCCGGGCCCAGGCCGCCAUCCGGGCCCAAAGGGCCCGCACUUCGAUGAGACUUAAAAACUCCAGCGACAGAUUUGACGAGACCCGAAGCGAAUUCCAUAGCAAAAGGCUCUCGUCCCUAAGCACGUUUGACGAGAGCCCGAAAAUAGUUGAAAUCGAUACGUGUGGGCCCAAAUCGAGAUCCCGAAGAAUUAGCCCCCAAUAUUAUGAUGAUCCGUACUACCAAGAUUUCGAUUGGGGAUUUGGGAAGGAAGACUAUAAAUUCGCGACGGCCCAAAACACUCCAAGAUUCGGAUAUUCGGGCCGGGCCUAUGCUGCCCCUACAACGCAAGCCAAGAGCGUGUGCGGAGAGAGUUUCUUCAGCCCGUUCUCGACUUGCCCGAGCUACAUGGCGAACACUAAGUCGUUUAGGGCAAAAUUGAGGUCCCACAGUGCACCAAAGCAGAGGCCCGUAUCAGGCCCGAAGAAGAAGCUCUCGUUGAACCACAUAAUGGCGUCGAGAGCUAGCUUUAGUGGGGUUAGGAUGCAGAGCUCUUGUUCUCGGGUUGAACCAGAUUUUGAAUCUUAG